CGGGACGGACUCGGAGACAGUAGUUGCCAUAACGAGACCAAUGUGAGGCAGAAAACCGCCGACUUUUCUCUCGAUUUUUGUGAAUUUUCUUCCUUCCCUGAUGUGAGGGGGGGCAGGCGGGUGCGAGGGGUACUCAGAGUAACCUUUUAGCUGGAGCACACGCCGUAUCCAGUGCGAGGGAGGCGUGAAACAAGGUCAAAAUGGCGAAGCUGGUUGGUGUUUACGAUGAGGAAGAAGAAAUAUUAUUGGGCAGGAGACAGCUUCCCCUCACCGUCUAUGACACCCGAGUCAUGACCAUGCAGCUCGGGGAGACGUGUGAGCGGUGCGAGGUGUCCGGGGGCAAUGGGGCGACAGCAACGGCAGGGCGGCGGCAGUGGGAUGAGAGCUUCACCCGGCAGUACGCCACCCUCAGCAAAGAGGAGGUGGUGGCUGCCCUCACUGUGCCCUCCAAAGUCCUAUUCACACGCCUGGCUCAAACAGUGGCUUGUGUUGGCUGUAGGAGGAGUGUUGAGCGUCUGUUCAACCAGCUGCGUGUGUCUGGUCACCCAGCCCUGGAGCCCCUGCUGGUGACUGGCUCAGGUGCUCUCACCGUGCAGCGGAAGUACGCCCUGCAGGCACGCGCCCUUGGAUCUCUCUUCAGUGACCACGGCCUGGCCUUGAGUGCAAUGCUGGACAACAUUCCCAAGCUGAAGAAAUCUGGGCGGUGCGUUCUUCACUCUAUGGAGGGGGUUCGCUGCCGGCCAGGGGGGCGGUCCUGGCGGGAGGUGUGGGACGUCAUGGACACUACCUGCCGUGAGUCUGUCACCCUAGUGUGUCCCGACCAGCUCCUCUCCACCUUAGACAACUACCUCCGCAAACACCGCUUCUGUCAAGAGUGCAAGAAUAAGGUCCAUCGGGCAUUUGACAUCCUGGUGGGGGGUCAGGGCAGCAGCAGCGGUGGCAACAGCAGCAGCAGUAGCGGGGGCAGUGGAAGUGGUAGUGGCAGUGUUGAGGCAGGUGCAGGGAACAAGGACAAGGGUUACGUGGCUGCCCUGUAUGCUGGCAUCCGUCGGUGUGAGGCAAAGCGGCACAUCCACAUCCCAGCUGACACAGAUUAUGUCACCCACCUCAUCACCCGUGCCGAGCCAGAGCUACAGGGAAGACGAGAAAGACAUGCCAAGACACUGGAGAUUGCCCAAGAGGAGGUGCUCACCUGCCUAGGCCUCUUCCUAUAUGAGAGGCUGCAGAAGGUGCACACUCGCCUACGGGAAGAGGAGCAGACCUGGGAUAUCCUCUUCCACGUCGCCCUGGACACUCUGCGCAGGAACUUUGAACUGUAUGUGGAGGACAAGCAAGGCUACUCCAAGUUUGAGAUGCUGUGCGAGGAGUUGCAGAGGCAGGAACUGAGAGAGAAGGCCAAGAAGGAGAAAAAGAAGAAAAGAAAGAAGAACAAGAAAAAUGAAGAAGGAAAGGAGAACACUUGCCUGUGUGAGGAAGAGGCUGGAGGUUGCCGGGAAUGUGAGCUCAACAUGGCUUCAUCCACCUGUCCAAGCCAGCGUGCUACUCUCAUCAAUGCCACCAAUAAGCAGGUUGGCUCAGAGUUGUUUUGCCGAGGAGGAACCCACCUGGGCCCACCCAUAGGCACUCCUCAUGUGGGGAACGGUCACCUCCACCCACCUGACCAACCAGGAGGGGGCAGGGGAGGUGGGGGUGGGCGGUGUGGUGGUGGGAGUGACUGUGGGAGUGUGGUUGCCAGUGAUGCAGGGAGUGAAAGGGGCAGCAGUGAAGAGAAGGAGAGCUGUGAUUCUAGCCCUGACCCUUACCAUCACAACCACCAUCAUCACCACCACCACAACCACCACAGCCACAAGUCACCCCACCCACUAGAGUGCACAGCUUCCACAGACUCCCUUGUGUCCAGGUGUUCACAGGGAUCGCGCGACGGAGGUUAUUGCUCAGCCCAGGGAUCAUCUCGGGACUCUUCAGAGGUGGCCUGUGGUGAGGGCCUGUGCUCCCACCACCAUGAGGACCACCUGGAGGACCCCUCAGCCCCACACACACCACACCACCCUCACCACAAUGAUAUGGAGCACAGUGAGGCCCUCCAGCCUCCACUGUCCCCAUCCCUGCCACGACAUACCCAGCCCUUCACACUCUCCCUGCAGCAGAUGUUGGAUGACUCCAGGUGUGAGGAUGAGGAGAUCCCAGAGGCUGAGGUGCAGGCUUGGCGGGCCCGACUUGGGGUGGUGAAGCAGAAACGUGCCGAGCUGCGACAAACACUUCGACAGCGAUUCCAGCAGUUCUGCCAUCGUGGCUGUGCUGUAGCUGUCCCCAACUCUGGUGUGGUGGGCCAGCCACAUCUCUGCCCCCACCAUAACCACACACCCAUUCCACACCACCCCAUCACCACAGCCCCCUCCACCAAGCCAUGCUAGAGAGGGAUGGAUGGACAGAGUGGUGGGGUGUUAGUGAUGGGCCUUGGCUGGAGAUAAACAAACUGUGUCUGUGCUGUGUUAGUGACUCAUAUUGGUGUGCUGUGGUGUUUGGGGCUCAAUGGGAGGAUGAGAGAUUGGUUUGGCAAUGUUUGAUGGUAUGCUCAUACACUGCAGUCACCCUUGCAGUCUGGGGUGGUCCAAGUACUGAUGUUUUGUGAUUAAAUCUUUUGUUUCAGGUUCCAUAUGCUGCCCCUGCUGUCUGUCCUUCAGAGGCACAGAAUAGCUAAAGAAAGGUCCAUCACGUGUCUGUCAUAUUCUAAUGAAUACUUGGAUGACAGUAUUUUUUUCUUUUUUAUAUCUUUCC